AUGGACUACGGCGGCGGGCGUCCGGAAUACUGUUCCCCGGCACAGACGACGUCGUCGGCCGCUCCAAAUGGCGCCGGUUCCGCCCAGGGGUCGACCGGCAUCAGCCUCGUCGCCUUCGUCACUGCCCUGGCGGCUUCGUUGAUCGUCUUUGGCAUCCAGAUGGGCUUCUUCCUGCUCCUGAGGAACAGGCUGGUGCGGAUUUUCAAGCCCAAGACAUAUCUGGUGCCCGAACGAGAGCGGACCGAUUCGCCGCCCGCCAACCACCUGGCUCUGGCCUACAAGCUCAUGAGCUUCCAAGAUCGCGAAAUCAUCAAGAAAUGCGGCCUGGACGCCUACUUCUUCCUGCGCUACUUGCAGACGCUCCUGAUCAUAUUCAUCCCUAUCGCCGUCGUUGUGAUUCCCAUCUUGGUUCCCCUCAACUACGUGGGCGGCUUGGGCCACAAUGUGGUCGACAAUACCACUGAUGCCAACGCCACCAGCAACGCUCCCACCGGGUUAGACACCCUGGCGUGGGGCAACGUCGCUCCCAACCAGCAACGUCGGCGCUGGGCCCACCUUGUUCUCGCCCUUGCCGUCAUCCUGUGGGUGUGCGGCGUCUUCUUCGCCGAGCUGAGAGUAUACGUCAAGAUCCGCCAGGACUACCUGACGAGCGCAGAGCACCGCCUGCGGGCGUCGGCAAACACGGUGCUCGUGAGCUCCAUCCCGGACAAAUGGCUGACCGAGGAGGCCCUGAGGGGCCUGUUCGACGUGUUUCCCGGCGGCAUUAGAAAUGUCUGGCUCACCCGGGACUUCACGGCGCUCCUCGACAAGAUCCACGAACGUGCCAGGGUCCACAAAAUGCUGGAGGAGGCCGAGAGCGAGCUGGUUCGCACGGCAAAGAAAAAGCAGUUGAAGCAGGCGAAGAAAGGCGGCCUGUUCCAUAGGCUGAAGGCCGAGAGCAGGGCCGACAGAGCCGAGCGCGAAAAAGCCGAAGACCAGGAGGCCCAGCGGCGCGCUGAGGGUGCCGGAGGCGUGAGUGCGAACCCGACGCACGUGCCGCAUGGCAUACAGGAGGCGAUCGCCGAAGCAGACGGCAGCAUGGACACCGACUUGACCGAUGUCCAGGAGGGAGGAGACGACGAAGAGAAGCGUCGUGAUAAGAAGCGUCCACUGGCCAAAAUCGGACAGGGCCUGGGCAAGGGUGUCGGCAAGGGAGUCGCUGCCGUCAGCGGUGCUGGCAUGGGACUCAUUAGCGGCGCGAAAGCUAUCCAAAAGGGUAUCGAUCAGGAGCUUGACCGAACCGCCGGCUUUGACUACGCAGCAUUGCGCGACCGAAGGGGGCCUCACUCGAUGGCGGCGGCGAGCAACCCGGAUUUGCCCGGACAAGACAUGGCCGCGGAUGACGAGGGCAGGCCGAAGACAUCGUUUGCAUCGGAAGCCCCUUUGACCCAGAAGGAACGGCAUGCCCGCACCGCGUCCGAUGUCUCGCAAGACUCGGAUCUCAAGAAGGAGGCCCUUGACCCCCGCAGCUUUGGUAACACAACUCGCCGAGCGACGAACCUGGACGAGAUGAUCAUAACCGACAAGACGCGGUGGUACGAGUUCUGGAAGCCUCCCACCGGAAGCUACGCAUCCCCGAUCCCCCAGGGUGCCGACCGAGACGACUAUCCAUGGAAGAAGGAGAAGAAACCGUUCUGGCAGGCCGUCAAAGACAAGAUCCCCUUUUUGAGCAGCGACCAUCCGCCGGUCGAGUACCCAACGGCGUAUACCCGCGACUACAAGACCCAGCCGGAGGAAGACGCCGAAUGGAAGAAAUGGCUCAAACCCGAGGACCGGCCCCGUCACCGCAUCGCCAACUUCCACUGGACACCCUGGUGGCUUCCCGGCCUGCCCUUGAUCAACAAGAAGGUGGACACCAUCUAUUGGUGCCGCGCCGAGCUGGCCCGUCUGAACGCCGAGAUCGAAGAGGACCAGAAGCACCCCGAGCGCUACCCGGUCCUGAACGCGGCGUUUAUCCAGUUCAACCAUCAGGUGGCGGCUCACAUGGCCUGCCAAUCCACUAUUCACCACAUCCCGAAGCGCAUGGCGCCUCGCAUGGUUGAGAUCUCGCCCGACGACGUGAUCUGGGAUAACAUGGCCAUCUCGUGGUGGGCCGAGUGGGUUCGACGCGCGAUUGUCCUUAGCCUGGUCUCUGCCAUGGUCAUUCUGUGGGCGUUCCCCGUUGCCUGGACUGCCACGCUCUCGCAGAUCGACGCCCUGGUUAAGAACUACAGCUGGCUCUCGUUCCUGGUCGAGAAUCAGGUCAUCAGCAAUGCUAUCAAGGCGAUCGCCGGCGUCCUGCCCGCUCUGGUCCUGUCCAUUAUCCUGGCGCUGGUGCCUGUCGUCCUCGAGUUCCUCGCCAUGUGGGAGGGAUCCAAGACGGGCUCGCUGAAGUCUGAGAAGGUGCAAAUAUAUUAUUUCGCCUUCCUGUUCGUCCAGGUCUUCCUGGUCGUGUCGAUCGCAUCGGGUACCUUCCAGACCCUAGCCAACGUCUCGUCCAACAUCACGUCCACGCCACAGGUCCUCGCUGUGAACCUUCCAAAGGCGGCCAACUACUUCUUCUCCUACAUGAUCCUCCAAGCGCUUUCUACGAGCUCGGGGACGCUGCUGCAAAUCGGCACCCUUCUCAUCUGGUACGUCUGGUCCAGGAUCGUGGACAACACAGCACGGGCGAAGUGGAACCGGAACACCACCCUGCCUACCGUGUCCUGGGGUUCUUUCUUCCCGGUGUACACGAAUUUCGCCUGUAUCGCCUUGAUCUACUCGAUCGUCGCGCCGCUCAUCUCUCUCUUCGCCAUCAUCACAUUCAGUCUGCUCUGGGUUGCCCACCGCUACAACAUGCUCUACGUCACCCGGUUCAAGACCGACACCGGCGGCGUGCUGUACCCGCGGGCCAUUAACCAGACAUUUACGGGGCUCUACGUCAUGGAGCUCUGCCUCAUCGGCCUCUUCUUCCUGGCCCAGGACGAGAAGGGCAACAGCGCGUGCUUCCCGCAGGCCGUCAUCAUGAUCGUCGCCUUCGCGUUGACCGCGCUGUACCAGUACCUCCUGAACGACGCCUUUGGACCCUUGCUCCGCUACCUCCCCAUCACGUUCGAAGACGAGGCCGUGCUCCGCGACGAAGCCUUCCAGCGCGCCCAGGACCGCCGCUUUGGCCUGGUUGCCGACGAUGACGACGACAACGGCGGCAGCCGCGAUGACGAAGCCACCGCCCUGCACAGGUCCGCCACCGCCAGCGGCGCGAACGACGACGAGGAGAUCGAGCUCGAGAAACUCGGCGGCGGCGCCCACGCCCACGCCCGCACGCCGUCCGCCUCCGUCCUCGGCCGGCUGCGGCAGCAGCCCGCGGUCAAGGGCCUCACGCACGCAGGCACGUGGGCGGCGCGGGGCGGCAAGCAGAUCCGGGCGGCGACGCUGGGGCGGGCCGAGGGCGGGCUGCGCUCGGCGGCGCAGUACCGCAAGCAGCGGCGGCAGCGCGAUCUCGAGGCGCAGCGGGCCAUGGGCGAGGCGCUCUACGGCGGCUACUGCGAUGUGAUCGAGGACCUGACGCCGGGCGAGCGCGACGCGCUGGUGCGCAAGGCCUUCCAGCACUCGGCGCUGCGCGCGCGCCGGCCCGUCGUCUGGAUCCCCCGCGACGACCUCGGCGUCAGCGACGACGAGAUCCGCCGCACCAUGGAGUUCAGCCGCUACAUCUCCAUCACCAACGAGGGCACCGCGCUCGACAGCAAGGUCCGCGUGCUCUACGGCAGGAAUCCGCCUGAUUUUUCCGAGGUCGAUCUCAUCAAUCUGUGA